AGCGAGCCUCGCGCCAGAGGGAAGCCGAGGCAGCUGAUCCGCACUGUAGCGGUGCAAUGGCGUCGCCCAUCCUGUGGUGCCGCUUCCCUGGAAGGCGUUGGGCUUCUGCCUUACUUGCCAGCGGUUGUCACCGCCGAAGGGGGGUUCCGACCGAGUCCACGUCCAACUGGAGAAGGGGACAGAGCUCAGUGUCUCAGCAGUCUCUCCACACGGCCCAGAAGCCCGGGAAAGGUAGCCAGGCCUGGGCAGCUGUGGUCGGCUUGGAAAUUCACGCCCAGAUUUCUUCCAAUUCUAAACUUUUCUCGGGGGCAGAAGUCCGCUUUGCAGCACCUCCAAAUUCUUUGGUCUCUUUUUUUGAUGCAUCUCUGCCUGGAACUCUGCCGGUUCUCAACAGGCGCUGUGUGGAGGCAGCCGUGAUGACAGGCCUGGCCCUGAACUGCCACAUUAACCGGAAGUCACUGUUUGACCGGAAGCACUACUUCUACGCAGACCUCCCGGCAGGCUACCAGAUCACCCAGCAGAGACUCCCGAUUGCCGUGAAUGGGAGCUUGACCUAUGGUGUCUGUGCGGGGAAGCAGCAGCACGAGACUGUCCUCAAGAAGGUGAGGGUCAAGCAGAUCCAGCUGGAGCAGGACAGCGGCAAGAGCCUGCAUGAUGACCUGCGGUCGCAGACGCUCAUUGACCUGAACAGGGCCGGAGUGGGCCUUCUGGAGGUGGUGCUGGAGCCCGACUUGUCCUGCGGGGAAGAGGCCAAGACGGCCGUCCGGGAGCUGCAGCUGAUACUUCAAGCCCUGGGCACCAGCCAGGCCAACAUGGCAGAGGGCCAGUUGAGAGUGGAUGCCAAUAUAUCUGUACACCACCCCGGGGAGCCUUUGGGUGUUCGGACCGAAGUGAAGAAUCUCAACAGCUUCAGGUUCCUGGCCAAGGCCAUAGACUAUGAAAUCCAGCGGCAAAUCAGCGAACUUGAGAAUGGAGGUGAAAUUCUGAAUGAGACUCGCUCGUUUGAUUACAAGCUGGGGUGCACCGUGCCCAUGAGAGACAAAGAAGGGAAGCAAGACUACAGGUUCAUGCCAGAACCCAACCUGCCUCCUCUGCUUCUCUACGACUCCGCGUCCCUGCCCGCAGGCGCCGACGCCCGGCAGGUGAUCAAUAUCGACCGCAUCCGGGAGCUGCUUCCCGAGCUCCCCAGUGUGACCCGGGAAAGGCUCGUUCAACAGUACGGGAUGCGGCCCGAGCACAGCUUCACGCUGCUGAAUGAAGUUGGGCUGCUGGAGUUCUUCCAAAAUGUGAUAAAAGAAACUAGGGCAGAGCCAAAAAAGGUGACUGGCUGGGUCCUCAACACUUUCCUGGGCUAUUUAAAGCAGCAGAACCUCGCCGUCAGUGAGAGUCCUGUGCCAGCCUCUGCACUCGCUGAGCUUCUCGACCUGCUGGACAGUCGGGCCAUCUCAUCGACAGCAGCUAAACAGGUGUUUGAGGAGCUGUGGAAGGGUGAGGGGAAGACGGCAGCGCAAAUUGUACAGGAAAAGCAGCUGGGAUUGAUGCAGGAUCUGGCGGCCCUGGAACGGCUGUGCCGCGCCACCCUGGACGAACACCCCCAAGUGGUGGCGGAUGUGAAGGGCGGCAACCCCAAGGCCAUAAACAAGCUGGUUGGGCUGGUCCGGAAAGCCACGAUGAGCCGAGCAGACCCCGCCACCAUCAAGCAGAUCCUGGAGAAGCAGCUGUCAUUGUCACUGUCGUCCACCUCGUAACACUCCAGGUCUGACCGACAGGGGCCCCGCUCACCUCCCUGUGCAAAGAACUGGCGUCUCAGCCUGGGCUGCUUCCCCUUCUGUUUUGGCCAGAC